CGAGAGAGAGAGAGAGAGAGAGAGAGAGAGAGAGAGAGCGAAAGGGUGGGAGAAAAGGGAGAGAGAGAGAGUAGUGUCCAUCUGUUUGUUGGUGAAAGCCUUCUAGCUUCCUCCCUGACCUGAUUAAAAGGUGUAGAGGGGGCUUCUCUGGUAGCUUCUCUAACCCCCACCCACCCUCUCUUCACCUCUCUCUCUCUUUUUUCUUUCUAUCUCCCCUCUCCCUCCCCCUCUCUCUCCCUCUCUCUCUCUCUCUUUCUCUCUGUCUGUCUGUCUGUCUGUCUGUCUCUCUCUCUCUCUCUCUCUCUCUCUCUCUCUCUCUCUCUCUCCCUCUCUCUCUCCCACCCUCCCUCUCCCUCCCUCUCAGGGGUUAGAUCAUUAUUCAUCUGGAAAGUGACAGCACCGCCGGUGAUGGACAGCCGGGCCGCGCAGAACCUCCGGGAUCCGGCAACACUCACAUCACCACGCUUUUACUGACGGCCCCGUCCUCCGCCUCGAAUCGCUGUAGUAUUUGGGAUCUCCCCUCUUGUCUAUGGUUUAUUCAAAAAAAAACAACCCUACUAAAUAUAUAUAUAUUUAUAUAAACAAGAGAAAAAUAUAGCAAUCAUCCUGCAAAUCCUGGGAAAUAAGCUGGUUAUCUACAUCGAAGAUUGUCAUCUAGCAGAACACAACGGCUGUGGGUUACAAUAAAGGGUGAAAAAAUCCAAGACUAGCUUAAACACGCUGGCGAAUGGCACAAAGGUACGAUGAACUGUCCCACUAUGGGAUGGACGGGGUGUCCAUGCCCAGUUAUGGAGACACGCACGCAUCCCGCAAUCUGGCACAUCAUCUGGGCCACGGCCCCGGGAUCCACGCACAACACUACCCGCCGGCGGGCACUGGUCACCGGGCAACGCUGCCGUCAAGCCUCGGCAACAGCAUCAACGACACACUCAAGAGGGAAAAGGACGCAAUAUACGGGCACCCCUUAUUCCCGCUCCUUGCCCUAGUGUUUGAGAAGUGCGAGCUGGCGACGUGCACACCCCGGGACUGCGGAGUAGCCGGCGGGGAUGUUUGCUCUUCCGACUCCUUCAACGAAGAUAUCGCGGUGUUCGCUAAACAGAUCCGAACAGAAAAACCUCUAUUCUCUUCCAACCCCGAGCUGGAUAAUUUGAUGAUUCAGGCCAUACAGGUGCUGCGGUUUCAUCUAUUGGAGUUGGAGAAGGUCCAUGAACUAUGUGAUAAUUUCUGCCACCGAUACAUUAGUUGCUUAAAGGGGAAGAUGCCGAUCGAUUUAGUGAUCGAUGAACGUGAUGGCGGCUCCAAGUCUGACCUGGAGGACUUCACGGGAUCCUGCACCAGCCUUUCUGAUCAGAACCACUGGGGCCGAGACCAUGACGACACGGGCUCCACACAUUCCGGCACUCCCGGGCCCUCGAGCGGAGGGCUGGCGUCGCACAGCGGGGACAACUGCAGUGAGCCAGGAGACACGUUGGACAACAGCGUGGCCUCGCCCGGGACCGGUGACGAUGACGACCUCGACAAGGACAAGAGACGUCAGAAGAAGAGAGGCAUCUUCCCCAAGGUCGCCACAAACAUCAUGCGAGCCUGGCUCUUCCAGCACCUCACGCACCCGUACCCAUCCGAGGAACAGAAGAAGCAGUUAGCACAGGACACAGGCCUGACAAUCUUACAAGUCAACAACUGGUUCAUUAACGCAAGACGUCGCAUUGUGCAGCCCAUGAUCGAUCAAUCAAAUCGAACAGUGGGCCAGGGGGCACCAUACAGUCCGGACGGUCAACCGAUGGGAGGGUUUGUAAUGGACGGCCAGCAACACAUGGGCAUUCGGCCUCCAGGUUUGCCAGGAAUACCAGGGGACUUCGUAUCUCAAGGAGGCGCAGUGGGGAUGGGCCUCCCACAACCAGGAUACACCCCUCCCUCGGUGACACCACACCCAGCCCAGCUGAGACACGGACCCUCGCUACACUCCUACGUCCCCGGCCACCCCCACCAUCCAGCCAUGAUGAUGCACAGCAGACCCCCCUCCCACCCAGUGAUGUCAUCGCAAAGCCCUUCCCUCCUGAGCCCUGGAGAACCAAUCACGAGCGGGCAGGCUAUGGACGCCCAUGGCCACUAAAAUGUAUAGAAGUGUACAGAAGAGGAAGAGUUUAAUAAGAUGCCCAGCCUUGGCAUUUGAGGCACAAACUGGAAUUCUGACUGCUGUGUGUGUGACACUGUUGUUCAUUUUUAUUGUACUUUUUGUGAAUCUGAACGAGGACCAAUUCUGGAGCAUCUUAAUUAAACGAUCAUGAGACUUUUAUAUAUAAGGAAACACUGAAAAGGAAGGACAUUACAACCAUUUUUGAGCAUCUACGACAAACAAUGAAGACUAAAUUAACUAGUUCCUUUGGUUUCUGAUAGAUUUUCUUUUAUACAUAUAGAUAAAGAAAAAUAACGAAAAAAGCAAUGAAGUAUUUCAGCACUAUGUGUGAUAUUCUCAAUAACCUGGGGAGAGGAACGUGAAGCAUUUCC